AUGGCCUUCCGAGUGGGGGAGGUGCGCGGCAACAACCAGAACUGGAGGACAUGGCGUGGCGGGAGCUAGAACGUUUUCUUCACUGGAGGCCGUCUUCGUUGCACCCCAGGACUCAUUUGUUGCGUUGAUGUCAUGGUGGGGGGAGGCAGUUUUCUGGUGUUGUUAUUUGGAUGGUGAAGUCUGGGUGUCUCCGGUGAAUUCGGUGCUAUCGGAGGAUGAGGUUUCUCGAGGUUCAGUCGUGGUGAUGGGGUUCACUUUUUGAGCCUAGACUAUGUCUUUGGUCCUACUCGGUAGGCGGUACCGAGUCGAUGUUUGAUUGGUGCGUCCAUUGUGUGUAAGCGUGCAUGCGUGGACUUGGUAGGUCCUGUAGGACUUGGUCACAAUCGCUGUCACGAUUGUGAUAAUAACACUUCGAAUAUAGCCAGUGGCGGUAUGUCGGUCUCUUUCACUGGCAUGGAGUUCGCUCUCCAUGC